AUGACAAUGAUUGGAAUUAUCGACGUGGUGCCGUCUCGGUGGCGCCUUGAGAUGAAACCUUACCUCAGCCCUUUAGAGUUGCAUGUGCAACGAAUAGACGUAGACUCGUUUCCAAUGCGCCGGCUUUGGCGGUUAAUUGAGAAAUUGAUACGCCGCGAGCAAGAAGACGGCUACGCAAAUACCCCGUUCAAGUCACGGUCACUAAAGGGGUCAUUGUACAUUCACCGAAAAGAUAAUGGGCAUCUUCAGUUUCUGCCUAGUGUGCCAGCCGUUAUUCCUCUCGAAGGCUCAACUGUCUUGGCAGACGUGCUGGAUUUGAAACAGCUACCACGAGAUGGUUGCUCUGUGUACUUGCGCUGGAUUGAAGAUUCCCCGAGAGUAUGUCUCGUAGAUGCUGACUCCUCUGUCUCAACCAACGGUGCUUGGGGUGGUACCGGCAGGGCAGAAGAUGUGAACAUAGCCGUGCCAUUGCCACAGAGCCCGCAUAGAGCAGUGCGUCAGCGAUAUGGAGGCUAUUCCCAACACAGACGGGAGGAUUGUAGUGACAAGAGCUGUGAACCACAAUUGAAUGAUAACAGGAAUAGGCACCGCACCUAUUCACCGGCACCGGUUAGGAAAAGCCAAACACAUGGUGACGGCGGCCGCAUGCGUCCAGAGAGUAGGGAAGAGCAGACAGAAGCAUCGUAUGUCCUUGAGAAUAUUGAUGACGAGGAGAUUCCACCUCUCACGUUCCUGCACACGCCACCCAUGAUGUAUAGGAAGCCUUGGCACGGCGUCACCUAA